AUGGGCUCAACAGGAAUUGUCUACCGCCAUCCACUGGCACAGUUGACACUUGACGAGACCAACGAGGCUCGCGAUGUGAUCGUCAAGCUCCACUCAGACGCUGUGGUCAGUUUCCGGAUCAUCAGCCUGCAAGAACCUGCCAAAGCAGAUCUCGUACCGUUACUGGAGCUUGAGCACGCUGGGAAGCUUCGGUCUGACAGUCCGCGACCACCACGACUUGCUAAAGUCCACUACGAUGUCAUUGGCGGUAGCAAGAAGCCUGUCUACUGUGAAGCUGUGGUGAACAUUGAAGCAUGCAAGAGGAUCUCGCAUGAGACUCUUCCUGAUGAUGUCCAUGCCUGCCUGACUACACACGAAUUUGGCGUCUUCGUCGAAGUCUGUAAAGCUUCCGAGCUCUUCCAAGCAACGAUGAAGGAGUUCGACCUCCCCGAAGGCUUUGACGUCGUGAUCGAACCAUGGCCCUACGGAGGUCUGGACACUACAGACGAGAACAGACGUUAUUUCCAAGGCUUAAUCUUUGCAGUCGACGAGAGAACGAAAAACCCAGAUUCGAACUUCUAUGCCUUCCCGCUACCAGUGAUUCCGAUCAUGGACUGGAGCAAACGCGAGAUCAUCCGGAUCGACCGACCAGCUACUGGUGGUAAAGGCGAUGCUCUGACUGGUAAGACCCAUGCUAAGGGCAUCCUUGACCAUUGCAAGCCUGCAGAGUAUGUGCCUGAGCUACUGCCUGGUGGUUUGAGAAAGGAUCUGAAGGAGCUCAACGUUGUUCAGCCGGACGGGCCAUCGUUCUCCGUCAACGACGAUAACCUGAUCGAAUGGCAGAAAUGGAGGUUUCGAGUGACAUUCAACUCCCGUGAAGGUGCUGUGCUGCACGAUCUCCACUAUGAUGGCAGAAGUGUGCUCUACCGGUUGGCCAUCAGCGAGAUGACCGUGCCCUAUGCAGACCCAAGGAAUCCUUAUCAUCGCAAGCAAGCCUUUGACUUUGGCGACGGAGGUCUUGGGCAUUGCACGAACAACCUUGAGCUAGGCUGCGAUUGCCUCGGAGUCAUCAAGUACUUCGAUGGCGUUGUCGUUGGUCCAGACGGCACAGGUGUGAAAGCACCAAACGUCAUCUGCCUGCAUGAGCAAGACAACGGCAUCAACUGGAAGCACACCAACUGGAGGACUGGACGUGCUGUCGUGUCGCGUCGCCGUGAGCUCGUCGUACAGUUCAUCAUCACAUUGGCAAACUAUGAAUAUGUGUUCAAUUUCAAACUUGACCAAGCUGGUGGCAUCAUGGUCGAGACACGAGCUACCGGUAUCGUCAGUGUUGUCAACAUUGACCCGGACAAGACUGCUCCAUGGGGGAACGUCGUCGGCCCAGGUGCUCUUGCGCAAAACCACCAACACAUUUUCUGCGUUCGCAUCGAUCCUGCAAUUGAUGGCCACGCCAACACCGUCGUCCAGCAGGAGUCAUUACCACUGCGCAUGAAUCCGAAGACGAAUCCAAAAGGCAACUUUUACGAAGUACUCGAUACGCGGAUCGAGACUUCUGCAGGAGUCGAUGCCGCACCGCACAACAAUCGAGUCUUCAAGAUCCAGAAUCUCGACAAGAAGAAUCCUAUCUCCGGAAAGCCAGUGGGUUACAAGAUUGUGCCACCGCCAACUCAGAAGCUGCUUGCAGAUCCCGAGAGUACGCAGGCAAAGAGAGCAACAUUCGCUCAGCAUCACCUGUGGGUGACCAAGUACAAGGAGGAUGAGCUGUACGCAGCUGGCCGACACACCUUACAGAGUAGGCAAGAAAGCGGUGGCGUGACCGAUGCUGUUGCUCGGAACGAGAACACACUGCAAUCUGACAUCGUGGUGUGGUCUUGCUUUGGCUUAACACAUAACCCUCGCGUAGAGGACUGGCCGGUUAUGCCCGUCGAGAUCAUCCAACUACCAAUUGUACCGUCGGACUUCUUCACGAGCAAUCCUGCUCUCGACGUGCCUUCGCAACGCAACCAGACUUCACGACUGGCUAACGGCGACGGCAACGGUGCUAACGGGCAAUGCUGUAAUGGCAACACGGCUCAUUGA